GGCACCUGUUGUGAAUCGUGUCGCGUGAACGCGGUGCUCCGCGGGAGCUUCCUCUUUAGCAUUCGGUGCAUGUACCUGCAGAUGAAUGUGCAUCAGAUAACAACCCUACCAAAGCUGAACUAAGAUUGGUUUCGACUUCGCCGGCGCCUGAGUUGACUGCAAUUGGAAGGCAAGUGAACAACAUCAGCUUGGCAGUCUUGGUAUCACCAGAGAUGCUCGAUCGGGAGGCUCAGAGACUAUACAGCUGUCGAUGAGGCUCAUUGGAAAAUGUAUAAGUAUGAUGGACUUCGCCUCCGUAGAAGAAUCAUCCAUUCACUGAUCCUCUUCUAUCACUCACUACCCUCACUCCCGAACUCCUCGUUCCCGAACUCCUCGUCAAGAUGCAGUACAAGGCACUUAUCGCUGGCCUCAUGGCCUCCGCAGUCACUGCUGCUCCUACUCCCCAGGAGGACAUCGUUGGUGGUACCGCCGCUGCUGCCGGUGAAUUCCCCUACAUUGUCAGCCUCCAGUCAGGUGGUUCCCACUUCUGCGGUGGCUCUCUGGUCGACUCUCGCACCGUCAUCACUGCCGCUCACUGCACUGUUGGCCAGUCUGUUUCUUCCCUCACCAUCCGUGCUGGAAGCUUGCAACGCAGCUCUGGAGGAACCGUCGUCCGCGUCAGCUCCAUCAAGUCUCACCCCAACUACGCCAGCGGUGGACAGUACAACAACGACAUCGCCGUCUGGAAGCUCGCCACUGCGAUCCCCACCAGCUCCACCAUCGGCUACGUUGCUCUCCCCGCCGCCAACUCUGACCCGGCUGCUGGCUCCACCGUCAGCGUCGCUGGCUGGGGAACCACCUCCUCUGGUGGUUCUUCCCUCCCUGCUGCCCUCCGCAGGGUCGACGUUCCCAUCGUCGCCCGCAGCACCUGCCGCAACAACUACAGCGCCGCCGAGGUCACUGACAACAUGGUCUGCGCCGGUCUUACUGCCGGUGGCAAGGACUCUUGCCAGGGUGACAGCGGUGGCCCUCUUGUCAACGCCUCCAAGCAGCUUAUCGGUGUUGUUUCUUGGGGUUACGGCUGCGCUUCGCCCAACCAGCCCGGUGUCUACUCUCGCGUCAGCACCCUCCUCUCCUUCGUCAACGCCAACUUGGGUUAAGCGACUGGGUGGCGAUCUGCUCCGACAAAAUUACCAAUGGGUGAGUUGGCGGGAGUCUGGGGAGCGAUUGAGGAGGUGAAUCGACAAGAGUUGAGAGAGUGAUGUGCAAUGAGUUCUCCAAUGUACUUUGGGCUCGCUCUAGUUGUAUAUAGCGGCCUUCCAUGGCAUUUUGAAUGAUAUUGAGUUAUGACCGAACUUCC